GGCGGCUCUCCGCGGAGCGGCGCGGGGGCCUGGCGGCGGCGGGGAGGGCGCCCGCCCGCCCGCCGCGCCGCGCCGGCCGCCACCGAUGCGCUGCCCCGCCGCCGCGCCAUGACCCUGAGCUCGGAGAUGUCCGAGGCAUCGGCGCUGGCUGAGGAGACCGACAUCGAUGUGGUGGGCGAGGAGGACGACGAGGGGGACGACGAGGAGCCGCAGCCCCGCCGCCGCCGUUCCUACGCCGAGGAGGAGGAGGAGGAGGAGGACGAGGACGAGGACGAGGACGAGGAGGAGGAGGAAGACGACGAGGAGGAUGUGGGCGACCUCCACGACGACACCCUGCUGCCGCGGUCUCCCGUGCGCGGCGGAGGCGGCGGCGGCGGCGGCGGCGGCGGCGGCGGCGGCGGCGGCGGCGGCGGGGCGGGCGGCGGGGACGGUGCCGGCGGCUCUCGGCCCCCCUCGCGGGGCGGCCCGCAGAAGGCGACGACGGGCGGCGGGGCGGGCGGAGGCGGCGGCGGCGGUGGCGGUGGCGGGGCGGGCGGCGGCAAGAACAGCCUGGUGAAGCCGCCCUACUCCUACAUCGCCCUCAUCACCAUGGCCAUCCUGCAGAGCCCCAAGAAGCGGCUGACGCUGAGCGAGAUCUGCGAGUUCAUCAGCGGGCGCUUCCCCUACUACCGGGAGAAGUUCCCCGCCUGGCAGAACAGCAUCCGCCACAACCUCUCCCUCAACGACUGCUUCGUCAAGAUCCCCCGGGAGCCCGGCAACCCCGGCAAGGGCAACUACUGGACGCUGGACCCCGAGUCCGCCGACAUGUUCGACAACGGGAGCUUCCUGCGCCGCCGAAAGCGCUUCAAGCGGCAGCAGCUCCCGGCUCCCGAGCUGCUGCUGCGCGCCGUGGACCCCGCCGCCUUCCUCCCGCAGCCCCCGCCCCAGCCCCCGCAGCAGCCGCCCUGCGCCUACGGACCCUACGGCUGCGGCUACGGCCUCCAGCUCCAGCCCUACCACCCCCACUCCGCCCUCUUCGCCUUCCACCACCCCUCCCCGCCGCCCCGCCAGCCCCCUGCCGCCCCCGGCAGCGCCCCCGGCGCGACGCUGCCCCCCGCCGCCGCCGCCGCCGCCGCCGCCGCCGCCGCCGCCGCUGCCGCCGCCGCCGCGCCGCCGGGCCCCUUGCUGCCGGCGGCGGAGCUGGCACGGACGCCCUUCGGCUACGCGCACCCGCUGGGCCCGGCGCUGGCGGCCUCGCUGCACGCCGCCAAGCCCGGCAGCGGCGCGGCGCUGGCCCGCUCGCCUUUCUCCAUCGAGAGCAUCAUCGGGGGGGGGCCCGGGCCCGGCCCCGGCCCCGGCCCCGGCCCCGGGCCCGGGCCCGGGCCCGGCGCGGGCAGCAGCUGCGCCUCGCAGUCGGCCGCGGCGCCGGGGCUGGCCCGCUCGCUGGGGAGCGCCGGGGGCGGCCUGCCUCCCGCCGCCGCCCUGCCCGCCGCCCCCGGCUUCGCGGCCCGGAUCUCUAACUGUUAAGGGUUUUGGGAGUCUUUCCGAAGGUAGGAUCUGGGGUAUCUCCUUCCUCCGCUGCUCGGAUGCCUGGCGGACGGCUGUGGGCUUUGCGUGGGGAUCGCGCGGUGUUGCUCGGGGGGAUUCCGCCGCGACCGGCGGGACACCCGGGACCCGUAUUUCUGCAAAGCCAGGUCUAGAUGCUGCACGGGCAGGCGGUCAUGCUAUUGGAAAGUUACUCUUUACUCCCUAAACAGAAAAAAAAAUAAUGGUGAUAAAUAAAGUCUCUAAACCGUUAAAGUUCAGAGAUUCUCAGGUCUAGGAGCUUGAAAACAGUAAUGUACAGGAAAAAAAAAAAAGGCUUGAGGGAGGACAGCAAAGCAAUACUUUUUCAUUUUAGUACACUUGUCUCAUGUACUUUUAUAAAAGAAGAGAAAAGAUUAACAUGUUUACACAGAAGAAAGUCAAGAUUAUCAUUUCUUAUUUUAACCUGUGUUUUGUAUUAUAAUAGACUUACGGAGUUUUUUAUUUUGUACUUUAUGCGUAUUCUUUAUGAGGAAUAUUGUUAAAAAUUACUGGCAAGUAUUAUUGUACCAUUUUAAUGUAAAAUUUUUACACAUUUUCAAAAAUAAAAUCUUUAAUUUUAAAACAAAAAAAAAAGAAAAAAACAAACCCAAAGACCAAAGGAGCCCAGCCAAACAAUUGGCUUCGGACCCUUCCCUCCUUAAUACUUCUCCCUUCUUUGGGACACUGAUAUUUUUUUCUUCGGGAUUAAUAGCACAAUAGCCAAAGAAUUUUACAGCUUGAAAUUUGUUAUGUCUGGAUUUGACCGCGAGGAAGAUCAGAAUAUGAUCUUUUCAGUCAAACCAUUGCUAACCCUAGCAGAGAAUGAAAGACAUACACACACACACGCGCGCACGCGCGCGCGCGAAAGAAAGAGCAAGGACAAAAGAGGGAAUAAAUAGAAAUAGGUCUCUCUCGCGGGAGUAAAGCCCAGUUCUGUAAGGCACCAAUCAGGGGAUUGAUUAAAAAUCCAGGUUUAAACUAUUUUUAUGCUUUUGGGUGUUGUCUAAAUCACAACUGCAUCACAUUUUGGUUUCCAAGAGGCCCAAAGGAAAAUACUACUAGUAAGGGGCACGUACUGAACUUCAGAGAGACUUGCUCUAGACACUUAUGUUUCUGUGAUGAUAGUAGAGACAUGUGUAUCUACUUUUCGAUACAUAUAGUAUAAAAUGAGCAUUGGAAUAUCCUCGUAUGAUGAGCUAAGUGCAUGAGCUAUUGAAGUAACGAUACGUAAGUAUGAAACAAACCGUGAAAGCAGCCUUCCUGAUUCUGAAUUACUGUCUUAACGUGCAUGAGGUUGAUAGAUACCUGUUUCAUAGACUAAAAUUAUUUUUUUUAACCAAAAAGCCUGCCUCAAAUAUUCAGAGCUUAGGCAUGAAAAGAGAAUCACAGGUUUUAAGAGUAGGCAUGUGGUUGCUUGUUGUGGACUAGGAAUUUCAUGCGUUUUUCAAAUGAGGGAGGCACUUUUCAAGUACGACUGUAUUUAUAACAAUUUAGUAGAUUCAGGGAUAAAUUACGUGAGUUUUCGUAAAAAAAAAGGGAAAAAAAUAGGAGGGAUGCCUUUUAGUGCUCUUUGGAGUGAGAUGGGGAAGGUCGUGUGGUUACGUGCUUUUACAUAUCGAAGUACCUCGUCGCCUCGGUUUUAAGUAUUUUCGUGGAUAGAAAAGUGAUGCUUUUCUGGUUUGUUUGUAGCAAUUCAGGGUUAAAUUAAUGAUUUUCAAUCAGAGGAAAGACUGGACCCAAGAUCUCUGCUGGGCUCCAAUUGCAGUCUGCAGCUGGAGGGCUUCUUUGCGUGUCCCACGUCCCUCAGAGGACAAGGAAGUAGAGUCCCGUUUAAUUUCUUUUUAGAAAGAGAAAAGAUCCCAGAGGCACGGCGUACGUACCCUUCGGGCAAGGCGCAUCCCUUUCCCGAGGGACCGAUUAACUCGCUUUCCCCGGGCCCGGCCGGGGUAGAUGCGCUGGGCCGCCGCGCCCCAGCGCGGGGUACCGAGCCUGGCUUAGGGGCCCCUCGGAGCCGCGGCUAAAAUCAAGCAGGGAAAGGUUUUGCGUGGAGGGAGAAGGCGGCUGUAGCCGUGAGCGCGGCGGUGCCGGGCUCCUCGAGGAGGGAUGCUGCUUGCGGUCGGUCCGGCUUCUGGCCGCUGGGGCAGCGGCCCGGUGCGAAGGGCCAAGCGCGUCCUGGCGCUGUCCCCGGCCAGUGAGAUGGGACGAGCAGGUGCCGGCGCCCCGGUGUUUGUUUCUCUUGGCUUCUCCGCAGCAAACCCAGGGGAGCCGGGCGACUUCCUCUGCGAGCCAGCCCGCCGCCCUUCUCUCGGGUCCCCUCAGGGGAAAACCGUCCUCAGAGGGACAUGGCGAGGAAACUGCUCGGGCACUCGCUCCUUCCACGCUUUACGCCGGUCGUCUGCAUCCUGCGCGGACAGGGCCUUCACCUGGGAGCUGGCAGGGAAGCCGGCAGGAGGAGCAAAUUGCUACACG